GAUCUCCUCCCACCGCCCCAGCAUAGAAAUACCGCUUCUGCCUCUAUGGAUGUCUUAGUGUCAUCACUACAUUUCUCUCUCACAACUGCCGUCUUCAUUUCAUUUUUUUCCACUGAUAUUUCUUCCCCCACCACCUCCCUCCCCGAUUCGUGUCUACCUGCCUAUAACCUCUCCUUUUUGGCUUUAAGUCUCCAAGCUAAUUUGAAUUCAGGUUUUGACAAUAGACAUUUCACAUAUAUAAUCAAUCUAAUGGUUCACGUGUCAUCUGUAUUCUCCUGGCACCUAGCUACUCUCUGUAAUGUUUUCUUCCCACUUCAAAGGUAGACUUUCAAGUCUCUACAUACUUGUUGCCUCCAUUCGAGUUGCACCAUCCCACAUCUAUAACAAUUUUAUCAUCCCUUUAGCAUUUGUGUUCUUUCUUUGAAAGUCUUCUGUAGCAAUUCAGUGUCACUGCGACCCUCUGAUAGAUCUUAAUUGUGUGCUGUUGUUUUGGGUUCUCUCUGUCCCCACACCACACAAUUCACUCCCCUGUGAAUAUUUGCAGUGGUGGGCCACAGAUCUACCCUUUUGUGUCUUUCCUGACCAGUUUCUCUGCAGUGUGCUGUACUGUAACUUCUUACCUGAAGAAAUCAGCACCGAUCAGGAAAUGGCCAAAGUCGAAAGGUUUGCUUUUCAUGUCCCAAGUCUGGAGGAGCUUGCUGGGGUUUUGCAGAAAGGGCUUAAAGAGAACUUUGCAGAUGCUCAAGUCUCUGUUGUAGAUUGUCCUGAUUUGACUCAGGAACCCUUCAACUUUCCUGCUAAAGGAAUCUGUGGAAAGCCUAGGAUAGCAGAUGUGGGAGGUGUUCCUUACCUCAUACCUAUUGUACAGAAAGAAAAAGUUUAUGAUCUAAAUACAGUUGCAAAGGACAUAGAGCUGCCUGGAGCUUUCAUUCUUGGAGCUGGAGCUGCUUCAUCCAGAGUUCUUGGAAUAAAUGCUGAGUUUAUCCCUAUUGUUCAAACUAAGAGUGAAAAAAAGCCUGCUGUAAAUGGGAGCUACAUUGCUCAGAUAAAUCCUGCAGAUAAAGGGUGCCUGCUUGAGAAGUACAGCAGUAAAUACACUGACUGUGAGUUUGGAUUGUUGGCCAACCUUUAUGCCAGUGAGGGCCAACCUGGUAAGGUCAUUGAAGUGAAAGCCAAUGGAAGAACUGGGGAGCUUAACUUUGUGUCCUGUCUGAGACAAACUUUAGAGAAACACUAUGGAGAAAAGCCGGUUGGGAUGGGUGGUACGUUUAUCAUUCAGAAGGGGAAAGCAAAGAUUCACAUUAUGCCUCCAGAAUUUUCUGCCUGUCCCCUGGAUACUGAUGAGGAUGUGAAUAACUGGCUAAAAUUCUUUGAAAUGAAGGCUCCACUGAUUUGUCAGCCAGUAAUAGUUUCCAGAGAUCCGGGCUUCGAUCUUCGUGUGGAGCACACGCACUGUUUCAGCCACCACGGGGAAGGAGGGCACUACCACCAGGACACCAGCCCGGACAGCGUGCAGUACCUGGGCUACUUCCAGCCCGCCGAGCUGCUCUUCCGCAUCGACAGGCCCCAGGAGACGCACCUGGUCGGGAGAGACUGAGCCCCGCGGGCCGAUUUCAUCUUCCUCAAGUACAAAUGCUGAUUUUUGUAAUGCUUUCUAUUAUCACUGAUCAGAUUUAAGAAUAAAUAUGGGAAUAGUUA